AUGGCACACAUGAGGACCCAAAUAGAUCUACUCACGAAGCAUAUUGUCUCAAGUUGUGAAAAGGUAAAUGUUAUAGGACCUCCAAAUAAGGUUGGAACUACUCUAGAGAAAGACAGUAUGAUAGGCCAACAAACAGAGAGCAGGAAAACUGGCAGAACAGAGAUGGGUACUGAACAUGAACAUGAACAGGUGUUGGAGCAAACUGGAAUAAAAGAGGCUGAAGCUGAACAAGCAAAUGACUUAAAGGAUGCUCAACUAAUAGCAAAACCAGUAGGAGCAAAGGAAAAAGAGGUUAAGGGAACUAUGCCUCUUCAGCAAAUACCAAGACCACCUCUUCCUUUCCCUCAAAGGCUUAAGAAGAAAUUCGAAGAUGGUAAAUUUGCUAAAUUCAUCACCAGGAGACAGCUAUCAAUGAAUAUCCCAUUGGUGGAAGCAUUAGAGCAGAUGCCAGGAUAUGCCAAUGUUAUUUCUACCAAGUCUUUGGUACAGAAGAAGGAGGAUCCGAGUGUAUUUACCAUAUCGUGCACCAUCGGAUCAAUUGAAUUUGCAAAGGCCUUAUGUGACUUACGGGCCAAUAUAAACUUGAUGUUGCUGGCCAUCUGCAAGCAACUCGGGUUAGGAGUUCCAAAACCCACAACAAUGAGGUUGAUGAUGGACGAUAGGUCGGUGAAGCGACCUGUGGGCAUCUUAUGUGAUGUGCUAGUAAAGGUAGGCACUUUCAUAUUUCCAGCAGACAUCGUGAUUUUGGAUUAUGAAGUGGAUUUUGAGGUUUCCAUAAUUUUGGGAAGACCAUUUCUAGCCAUGGGACUAGCACUGGUAGAUGUUGAGAGUGGAGAGCUGAAAUUCAGACUCAACAAGGAAGAGGUAAAGUUUAAAAUUUACAGGUCAAUGAAACAGCUGCAUGACAUGAAUGUAGUGUCUGCAAUAGAGGCCUUUGAUGAAGAAGAGAUGGGAACUACCAUUGAGGAGAGGCUAACUGUUGAAACAUUAGUAGCCGUGUUAAUGAACUUUGAAGCUGAUUUUCGGACUAACUAUGUGGAGACCGUGAAUGCUUUAUAG